CUGUUUGUAGUUCGUAGAGAUAUAGUUAAACUUUUGGGCCUUUUGUUUGGCUCUCAGAGGUCUAGGUUAGCAGAAGAUAUUCCUGAGCUAUGGACUGCUUAUAUGGCGAGAUAUAAUGAUGUUGGUGAAGAAGUACGCCUCGUUUGUGUUACUUUGUCGCUUAAUAUCCUGAUAUAUCAUCCCGAGCUAAGGGGACAAGUUAGUUUGUUAGCUUUUCGAUGUCAUGACACUAAUGACCGAAUAAGGCUUGAAAGUCUCACUGUUAUCCGUAAGCUUGCAUUGUCUAAGUUUGAAGCCUUAAAUGAAGAGUUGCUUAAUUGUUUAGCAGGACGAAUUCGUGACAAAAAGGUUAGAUUUUUUCUUAAAAAUUUGGUUUUUUGUCUUUCAUCGGCUGCGGCUAUUCAUAAGUUGGUGUAUUUUACAGAAUCAGAAAGAGCAUCUGUGGCAGUGAUUAUGCAGCGUAUUUUGAGUUUUUACUAUCAGCCGUAUCUUGAUGACAGGCUUUUAAUUGAAAGGCUUUUUGUGUCGAGUUUUUUGCCCUUCAAAACCGAUCCGAAGAAGCGUAUGGCUAUUCUUUUCGAGAUUAAUUUUUUAAGAAGCUUGGAGGAGAUUUUUUCUCAGCAAUCUCGCUUUCGUCGUUUAAUACGGGAAAUUCUUCAAACUCUUGACGGUGAGGAGCAAAGUUUGGCUCUAAUACAAUCCCGGGUUCAAAUAAUUGCAGAAUCUUAUGGGACACCAGCGAAAAUUGCAGUGUAUUUUCAGUGA